GGCGCGCCUCGUCCGUGAACGGUAAACCGCGUUUCUUCGCCGAUCGGAGUCGGUUAUCGUGGAUUUAACCGGAAGAUAAGGGGUGACGGUGCACGAUCUCUGGAGGAUUUCGCGCGCGUCGAAGCCGGGUGGCGCAUGUUGCUCUCCUCGGGGUUCGAUCCGGCGACAGACAGCUGGCAGAGACUCGGCUCGGAGGGAUGCUUUGAAAAGCCACUGUCGGUUCGUUCAAGGGUGAAAGGCCAUCCGAGCACAUCCAGCCAUGACGAGGUAUUGGCUGAACGUGGCCCUACUCAGGGUCGUUCUACCGGCUGUCCUGACAGGAUGUAUAAUAUGGCGGCCAGUAGGACUGUCUCUAGUGUACUUAGGGCUGAUGCUGUACUCGCCCUUCGUACCGAUACCAGAUCAAAAGACAAUGGCAGGCCACACCGGCGUUUACCUGAAGACCUGCAUCGGCCUAUCGUUUCUAACUGCAGUCAGCCAGUUCACGUUUCACAUAGUCCUGUUAUCGCUUCCCGCUUACGGCCACUUCCUUCAAAAUUGCGAGUUGAUGGAAGUGAUCUUCAGACACUUAGGUUUCGUACGACUAGAUAGCGCAUCCCUUUGGGAAGUAUUCUUCUGGUUGACACCGGAGCUGGUUGUUUUACCCACCGCAGUUGCAGUGUACUUCAUAUGCCGUUUCCUAUCGAAGAAACCUCCGAACGAUGCGGAGGACGACGUGUCUCUGCACAGAAGGGGCGACACGUCGAAAAAGGCUGAGGACAGUACCGCGAAGAUAAUUAACUUCCUCGGACGCAUCGGAACCUACGUGGUUCUAGCCUCGUUAUGCAUCAUGUCGUCGCUGAACCCAUCCAUAGAAGCUGGAUUUUAUUUCCUGGUGUUCCUGGGGGCAGCGACCUGGUGGGCCUGCAACAAGGAGCUCAGGAAAGGCUUCGCCGUGCUCUGCAGGAUCGUGAUGGUCGUCGUGACCCUUCACAUCCUCACCCUGCUCAGCUACCAGAAUCAAACCCCUCAGGAGUUAAUCCCCGUGAACAGUACUUGGCAGCGGUAUCUGGCCCUAUCCGCGAUUUAUCAAACCAAUUGCAGCGAUCCGAGGAACGUGGAGUACACGGAUGACGCCGAUUGGCUGAUUUACGGCUACAUCUUGAGACUAUUUUGGCUGUACUACGUUUUGGCGUUGCAGUCACAGUUUCUGAGCAGGAAGCCGGCGAAGAAAAUGAAACGUUUGAGCGGCAAGCUGGAGAAUCUGGACACUCCGUUGUCCAGACACGUUUCCAUCAGACGAAGGACACCGUCUCAGAGAUGGCAAUCGGCGCGACGAAAGGCUCGCCUGAUGAGAUUUGGGUCAGCGCGAACGGGCCUCCUUCAGGACUCUACCGGAAGCGUCAUCGUUCAGGAUGGUCAUCAAGAUGAUAGCAUUCAGAUGCACAGUUUCAGCGAUGGUGCCCCAGAUGAGCAGUUCGGAAUCAUCGAGAACAUCAUCAUGGCAGUGUACUCCAUCUUCCAAUUGAUUAUCAAUUCGUCUUAUCUCGCUACAAACAUCAUAAUGAUGACUUGGAGCAUAAUGUACCACAGCUGGACAACCUUUGCUCUCUUGCUCUGGGCUCUGAUCCUCUGGAUGGUCCCUAACAAACGCGCGUCAAUGAUGAAAUGCUCCCCAUUUAUCGUCUUUUAUGCAACUCUUUUAUUACUUUGCCAGUACAUUUACGGCAUGGAUCUGACCGAAGAAGAAUUACCAACGCUGGUCAAUGGAUUUAAGGUGUCUGAGAUCGGUUUCAGCAAGCCUGAAGAGCUAAGUCGCUGGCACUUAGUAGUCAGAUGUCUCUUUAUAACAAUGUUCUGGAUAACAAUGCGACAGUACACCGCUGAAAGGACUCGUCAGAGACGUUCCUCGACGUUAAGAGACAUGGUAGCACCGUUGCACGUCUCCGUGUCGACUGCCACCACAGCCAUGAAUCACGACGUGCCAGAAAUCAAGAGCAAAUUUAUGAAAGACGUCGGCAUACUUCUGAAGAAGUUACUGACCAAGUUCUGGAUCGCUGUGGUGGCUAUUAUGCUCUUUAUUUGCGGAAUAACUGGGGAACGCAUGACUGUCUUCAGGAUUGUUUAUAUGUCCUUGUUCCUUGUGCUCAUUAUUACCUUCCAAAUCUCCUGGACCGCUUGGAGAAGAAUGAUGUACCCAUUCUGGCUCACAGUCAUUGGGUACUCGGUAAUUAUGCUGAUCCUCGUGUACACUUAUCAAUUCGACAAUUUCCCGGAAUACUGGAACUAUCUGCACAUCGACGAGGACUUGCAAAUGGAUAUUGGCCUCGAAAAAUACGCGACGAAGGAUCUUUUCGUAAGGCUAUUGACUCCAACGUUCUUCGUCAUCAUCACUGUGCUUCAGAUCCAUUAUUUCCACAAGGACUUUUUGGAAGUGACGAACAUAGAGGCGAUUGGUUCUAGGACAGAAGAGAGUUCCUUCAGACAAGACACACUCAAUCAGUCGCCAACAUUGGACAUGCCACCGACUUCUCCAGGGGAAAUAUUUCUUGCUGAUGAAGAUGACCAUGACACUCCAUACAGCCUUCGUCAAUUGAAACGAAUGUCCAAGUUGGAACGGAUGGCACUAUUUCGCAAAAUAAUGAAGCAUCUAGUCAAUUUUUACAAUUACGUCUGGUUGUUCCUGGAGAUCCACAUGCAGAAGAUCAUCUUCAUCUCUGUGAUGCUUCUAUGCGUGAACGACGUAUGCGCCAUCAAUUUGGUGUUCGUCGUGAUUGUAGCAAUCAUGAUAAAUACUAGGAGACACGCUCAAAUACUCACUGUGAAUAUAAUCGCUGCGAUAAUCGCGUUGUUGAUGGUUGCUAAGAUGCUGUAUCAGAUUCAGUACAUCGAUCACAAUAAUUGGAACGUGAAUUGCACGAGACACGUAGACGACAAACAACCUCAAUUUUCAAGCAACAACACUGUGUACAAUAUAGCAGAAUGGUUUGGCAUGAAGAAAGCAGAGCCAGGAGAGCUCGCAGAGCUGCUGAAAGGAUACAUAGGAAUCAUAGUGGUGACGACACUGCGGAAAAUCAUUAGAGUACGACAGUGUUUCUAUCGAAAGGGAAUCGGAGAACUAUUGGAAACUCCGCAAGUGAUGUUCCCAUCUAUCACCAGAGCAGACGCUGAUAAAGGAAUACCAGAGUGCUUGAAGUUCCUCUUCAACUAUGGAUUCUACAAAUUCGGUUUAGAGAUAUGUCUGAUCGGAAUCGUAGCGCUGAUCGGCACUAGACUCGAUUUUUACUCGGUUCUCUACAGUGUCUGGCUUUUGCUUCUAUUUUCCUUGAGGAGAAGGACUAUAUCCAGAAUAUGGCCGUUCUUCAAAGUCUUUGGGGUUAUCAUGCUACCAGUGCAAUAUUCCCUAGUAGUUGCACUGCCCUCCUGGCUUUGCAUAGAUUAUCCUUGGAGCAACUCGGAAAUACUCAGGAGGCUACAGGAGUGGAUGUACUUCCCUGAUCCAGAUUUCCCUCCUAAUCCUAGGAAAUUGAUGUGCGACUUUAUUUUGUUGAUGAUGAUCGUUAGACAGAGCCUGUACUUCCGUAUCGAGCAGCGAACCGUUGCGAACGGCAAAGAAUUCCCUGCGGGUCAUAAUUACUCUGUCUACCAAGAUAUGGAGAAGCCUAAUUUCGUGAAUCCCGUUAAGGAUUACGUCUCGCACAUUCAUUCGUGGCUGGACGUGCUGAAGAGAGGAGUGUUGAUGAGUCUGAUGUGGAUCACUCUGUCGAUCAUGUUCCUAGCUGGAACCAAGAGGACCAACCUUUUCUCGUUAGGCUACUUGAUUGGCGCCUUCGUUUUCCUUUGGCAGGGCAGUGAUUUCUACCUUAGACCGGUCAGGACAAUCUUAAGAUGGUGGAAUAUGUUGAUCGGGUACAAUGUGGUUGUCAUCUUCUCUAAAGCUCUGCUGCAAGGAGUUGGUUGCGUGCUGAUCAAACAGCUGGAAGUUUCGGCUUGCCCACUGAUCCAGUUAUUCGGAAUAACUUGCCUGAGAAAGUUCCAAAGCUCCGCGGGCGACAUCGUCAUCGGCAAAGUGGACUGCGUGGUUCCUCGGGAAGACAUAGGCAUGGUCUGGGACGGCCUGUGCUUCGGUUUCCUGCUGCUCCAGAAGCGCCUCUUCAAGAGCUACUAUUUCUUCCACAUAGUAGACGAGACGAAAGCUAUGAGCGUCCUAGCGUCCCGCGGCGCAGAACUGUUAGAGGAACUACACCAGAAACGCAUAGACAUCCAAGAAAGCGUCGAGAAGAACGUCCUCCAAAAGCUGAAGUUCAAGAUGGACAAGAUCAAAGCUAGCCAGAGGAAGAUCCAAGGACCCAGUUACAGAGAGCCGCAAAUGCACAAAGUCGAUACUCUCUAUCCAGGGGCACGGCCGUUGUACAGAGUUCGCGCGCCAAAGACCAACAGAGAGGCCAUACGAUCCGGAGAUUACUACAUGUUCGACGAUCUGGACGACGACGACGUCACCGACAUGAUACCAGACACAGAGUCUGAGAAGGAAGACGAGAGACGCCGCAGGGAACAGGAACGACAGGGUCGAAGAAUGACCAUAACCGAGUUGAUGAGCACGCUGAUUAAGACAGACAUUGAGAUCGCGACGCACGUCGCCAUGUACGGAGGGAGGGAAAAGGACGCGCUGAGGCUUCGCCGGCGGAGCGUGCCGUUGACUAGGAAGAAAUCGUCAAUGUCCUAUCUCAGUGCGCAAUCCGAGACCGACACUGCGAUGGCCACCGAUGGUGGCGAUAAGACUAGCCUGACGUCAGCUGACAUUGAAACCGAGGAAAAGGAAGAAUCUACCGCUGAACCUGUUAAGACGCCGGAGCCAUCCGAGUAUGAAGACGAUAAGGUGGAUGAACCCGAAGGGAAAGAAGAAGAGGAGAAGGUUUCAUUCGUCACUUACUUCAAAUUCCUUGUAGUGAUGAUCAACAGCGGCCUAACAUCGAUGACUAAGUAUUUGAACAGGUUCUCGAGGGAUUACAGAUACAUACGAAAGGUUCUGGCGAAAGAAAAGAAAUUGCUAAAGGCGAAACCAGACUUCCGAAUGGGUAUGCGGUUGGGUAUCAAUCAGAUGUGGCAACCGAUACCACUGAUGAAGACAAGAUCGGCAUCUAAUGGAAACACUGAGGAGCAUUACGAUCCUGGCGAGGGUCCCAGCCGACCUCAGACUCAGGACCAAAGCACAAUUUUCUCCGAAAUAUCACCAGUGCAACACGACGACGAAGGUGCAGAGUUAUCCGAGGUCGAUCAACCCCCGAUAAUUCAAUUGCUGGCGUCCAUUUGGUUCGGAGUCCUGGCUCACUCGAGCCUCCUCUGCUACUUCGUGGUGUUUCUUCAUCAAAUUAAAAACGCGUCGGUAUUGUCCACUCCGUUGCCUCUUAUGGUGUUCUGCUGGGGUUCGUUAACCAUUCCACGUCCCUCGAAAACCUUCUGGGUCACCUUGAUCGCGUACACCGAGGCAAUUGUCAUUGUAAAAUGCAUUUUCCAAUUGGAAUUACUGCCAUGGAACAAAGUAGCAGCCCCAAACAAUCCUCUUUUCACUCCCAGGAUCAUGGGAGUCGAACGAAAACCAAAUUAUGCCCUCUGGGAUCUGUUAGUUCUGCUUAUGGUGUUCUUCCAUAGAUUUAUGCUGAAAUCGUUAGGACAAUGGACCUCGCCAUCUCUUAAACCAAGGAAAAUCAUACCCUCCACCUUAACUAUUGUUCCAUCGAAGCCACCACCUGCGGAUAAAGGGCAAGGGGAGCCCGUCACUCGUCAAGAAGAUCCAGAUGAUGGGUCUGUUGUAAGAACUCCUAAAGGAAGAACAUUAAAUAUGCACGCAGCCGGUGACGCAGAGAACGUGCAAACAACCGAUGAGCAUGAAAAACUGGUCGCGAUUCAGGGUGAAGAGUUAAAUCCGCACACUGAACAGCUGCAAGCAGCCAUGAACAUGACCGUCGACAAGUAUAUGCAGCCGACAAAGAACUUCUUCACGCAAAUUCUGAGUCCUGUCGGCAAAGAGAAAACGAACGUGUACGCGUACAUGUUCCUCUGCGAUUUCUUCAACUUCUUGCUACUGAUCUUCGGAUUCUCCGCGUUUGGCACGCAGCAAGGUGACGGAGGUGUCACUGCCUAUCUACAAGAGAAUCGAGUGCCAAUGCCUUUCUUAUUGAUGCUAUUGUUACAAUUCGCUUUGAUAGUCAUCGACAGAGCUCUUUUCCUGAGGAAAUCGAUCCUAGGCAAACUGAUCUUUCAGUAUUGCCUAAUAUUCGGUGUCCACGUCUGGAUGUUCUUUAUUUUGCCCAGCGUAACCGAGAGGCAAUUCAACGAGAAACUCCCACCACAAAUCUGGUACAUGGUGAAGUGUUUCUACCUCUUGCUGGCUGCCUAUCAACUACGGCAAGGCUACCCAACGCGUAUACUUGGCAACUUUUUGUGUAAAAAAUACAGCAUCGUGAACUACGUCUUGUUUAAAGGAUUCAUGUUGGUUCCUUUCCUGUUCGAGCUGAGAGCAGUGAUGGACUGGAUUUGGACCGACACGUCCAUGACAAUAAUGGACUGGUUCAAAAUGGAGGACAUUUUCGCCAGUAUUUAUCAAAUCAAGUGUAUGAGAGGAGUGGAAGCUGAUUUCCCGCAACCGAGAGGUGUAAAGAAGAAGCAAAUGAGCAAAUAUUUAGUCGGUGGAGGUGCUUUGUUCCUCAUAAUCGGUCUCAUUUGGUUCCCUCUGCUAUUGUUCGCGCUCGGUGGCACUGUCGGCGACUCGAAUUUGCCUUACGAUGUUUCUAUGAAGAUACGAAUCGGUCCGUACGAGCCGAUCUACUCAAUGUCCGCUCAAACUAGCUCUAUUGUUGGAUACAGUCCAGCCCAGUACAAAAAGUUCACGGAUUUAUAUGCGAAGGACAGACCAGCCGUCACUUUCCUGGAGAAUUAUAUUCAUUCGGAUGUAGCUGCAGUUAGACUAAGCGGAUUUUCUCGGAAAUUGUGGAGCAUAUCACCGCCAGACUUGCAAAGACUGAAGUUUGAGCUAGAGGAUAAUAGUACCACCGUGGUAAUCCACGUGGAAUGGACAGUGUCGCGGAAGACGUACGCUAAAGAUGCUAGCGAGGUGACAACGAAGUUGCGGGAUAUUCAGUUGCCACCUUUCGUUGAUGGAGAAUUUAAUCCCGUAAGGCUGAAACUGGCAAACAUGCUAUCAACUGAUAAUUCGACAGCCCACAGUGGCACUAUAACAUUGCCUAAUGCUUUCCCAAAGUUCUUGAAAGUGACUAGUUUAACGACCGACGUUGUACCUCAAUUAAUGCAACCGAUAAAUACACCGGAUGAAGAAGAAAUUGAAACAGACAACAGUUAUCUCUUCAGAAGCAUCAAUCUUCACCUAUCUACAGACGCAGCUUGUUGCGCUCGUCAAAAAUGGUGGGUCGUGAAAGAAGUCUGUGAUGACGAUUUGUACAAUCAACGACUAAAGGACGUGCCAUUGAACAAUUGCGACUACAUCAUGAUGUUUUUAUUCAACGAUAAAACGUUCCCGGAGGAACUCAGCUUCAUCAGCGGUUUCGGAAUCUUAGGGCUUUACACUACUGCAGUAAUAGUUAUAAGUCAAAUGAUGAGGAAGAUAGUGAGUGACAUGGCGCCAAAGAUUAUGUUCGACGAUCUGCCUUAUGUGGAUAGAAUCCUCAGGCUGUGUUUGGACAUUUAUUUGGUUCGCGAGAGCGGUGAAUUGUGCCUCGAGGAGGAUUUGUUCGCCAAAUUAAUAUUCCUCUACAGAUCGCCGGAGACGUUGAUCAGGUGGACGAGACCUCCCGAGGAAGGUGAACGAAAUGAUGAUAACGAUGACCGCGAUGAAAUUGAGGAUGACAGGGACGAAUCUGUGCGAGCGGAUUCUCGAAGGGAAUGAAUGAUCAGACUGUGAAGAAAAUGGCGGAAAGCUUUAGUCCUCGAUUAAAAUCUACUUCGAGCGAGAAACUUCAGAGAAUGUUAUAAUAAUUAUUAUAAGUAAUUUGUUAUAUGAAGUGCAAGAGAAUUUAUAUGAGGAAACCGUUGACAAUUUGGAAUGAAGACAAUAGGUAGCGCGAUUGCGAAUGGUGGCGCAGCGAACGCCAUGGAAGCUCUUAAAAACUCAGGAAUUUACGACCACCGUGUUUGUUGAGAUUGUUCCUACCUAAAAAAAGUCUAUCGUAAAUGAAUAUGUAUAUAACGGAAUAGGGAUGGCGCGAGGAAGAAACUAACAUGACAAGAAGUAACAAAGAAACGGCUGAAGAUUUAUGAAGAACUUAAAAAUACGUUCUACCGUCUUUGUUUCAGAAACGUACUGCAAACCUUUUACAGACCUUUAUUUUAAUAUUUAUUAUAUAGCAUUUAUUAAUGUAUAAUUAAUAUUCGGAUCAUGACACGCCUGUCACACGAGGAAAUAAUUUUGUCACAAACGCUUUAUACAUUUCGCAGUCUUCGAGUGAUACAUCGUAUCGUACUAGAGAUAGUGCUUUGUUUUUAAUUAUCAUUUAUCAGGAUUCACGAUUAAACCGAAGUGCAUUUCCUAGCAUAUUGCAUUUAAGAUCGCAAUCUACGUACAUAAAGAAGAAAUUGUUAAAUCCUCGAGGAUUAACAAGCAUAUAUCUCCGAAACUGCCGUCGUCGCGAUUCUUAGUUCUCUUUUAUACCUUUUCUAAUCGUCGAAACAUUUAGCUGUCGCUCGAACAUUACCUGGCUAUUUAGCCAUGCGUUUUACGCUCGUUUUAUAUGUACAUGUAUGAAUUACAUUUAACAGAGAUUUAAUAUCACAAUGGCAUCAUUAUUUGUAAAUAUACAUUUUAUGAUCUAGAUUUUGUCAAAGCAUUGUCAUGUCACCUCGAUACGCUUUUUAAAAGUAUCUUCAAAUAUAAAUUGUUCGAAAUCGAUCGACUUUGUUCUUUUCCAUGAUUUCAACGAUGAUCUUUUUUAUGGGGAAUACAUAACUCAGUUCCGUGAAAAGUAGUUUAUUCAACAGUUUUGUACAGAAAACGAUUAAAAAAUUUUCUUUUAAUAAAUAUAUCAACCACAAACCAAUGCAAUUUCAACCAUUUUGGGAA